AGUAAUAUGUCUCAAUACGCCGAGGUUCACAGGAAGACCGCUGGGCCAGGUGAUGAACGACCAACCGCUUUGCAAAUAAUCAAAAAUGAAGGCCUUGAAGGGCAAAUGAAAGAUAAAGUCUUCCUCAUCACUGGAUGUUCUUCAGGAAUUGGACUCGAGACCGGAAGAGCGAUUGCGGAGACUGGAGCUCGUGUCUUCCUCGCCGUCCGCUCACUCGAAAAAGGCCAAACAGCUUGCAAGUCUUUCCUCAAGCCAGGCCGUGUUGAGCUGCUCCUCAUGGAUACGAGUACGCUCUCUUCCGUGCGUACUGCCGUUGCCUCCUUCCUGGAAAAGUCCCCUACACUCAAUGUUCUGAUCUGUAACGCCGGCAUCAUGCUUGGUCGCAAGCGUGAAGAAUCUAUCGAUGGUUUUGAGCUCCAGCUCGCAACCAACUACUUGGGCCAUUUCCUGCUCUUCGACCUAUUAAAGCGCGCCAUGAUCAAAGCGUCCACACCAGAGUUCAACUCACGACUUAUCAAUGUCUCAAGCGCGAGCCACCAUUUUGGGGAGAUCCACUUGGAGGAUUUUAACCUCAGACAGGACGGGGCGUACGAGCCAAACAAAGCUUACGCCCAGAGUAAGCUCGCUCUAAUCUACAUGUCCAACUUUGUAGAACGGCAUUAUGGACCGCUGGGGCUCCAUAGCCUAGCCUUGAUGCCCGGUGGUGUCUGGACGAACCUACAACAACACUUGUCCCAGACGGCGAAAGAAGCCUUCUUUUCAAAUUCGUUUGCGAUGAACUGGAUGAAGAGUCCUGAGCAGGGAGCGGCUACAAGCGUGCUAGCUGCUGUCUCGAGGGAGUGGGAAGGCCGAGGCGGCAAGUACUUGGAGAACUGCGCAGUUGCGACUUCAGAGCCGAUGAUUCCGGGUGUUCUAGGAGUCAAGAUGUCUGCUUAUGACAAACAUCUAGACGAGCGGCUGUGGAGACUUACGCUUGAAACCUUGGGGCUUGAAAACGCGCCUAUGGUAUCGCAAUUGCCUUUUUUCUUCUAA